GGUGAAGUGUCAUUUGUAGCCGCUGGGUGGGCUGGCAAGGAGGAGUUGUACUGUGUGUGAAGUGGCCGUUGUUAUAUUCAGCUGCACAGAAUGGAGAAACAGAAGAAGACUGUGGUGGUUACCGGAUUUGGUCCAUUUGGAGAACACACCAUAAAUGCUAGUUGGGUCGCUGUGCAGGAGCUGGAAAAACUGGGACUUGGAGAGGAAGUAGAUCUACAUGUUUACGAAGUUCCAGUUGAAUAUCAAACAGUGCAAAGGUUAAUCCCGGGUUUGUGGAAAAUGCACAAGCCACAGUUAAUAGUAAACGUAGGAGUUUCCGGAAUGGCCUCAACGAUAACCCUAGAGAAAUGUGGUCACAACAAAGGUUAUCAAGGGCUGGACAACUGUCAGUUCUGCCCUGUCACGCAGUGCUGUGUCUUAGGCGGUCCAGAAUGCUUGCACUCUGUGAUUGACAUCGAUGCAGUCUGCAAGAGGGUCGCGGCUGCCGAGUUGGAUGUUGCAUUCACUGUUUCUACAGAUGCUGGCAGGUACCUAUGUGACUUCACUUACUACACUUCUCUGUAUCAGAGCCGUGGUAAAUCGGUGUUCAUCCAUGUGCCUCCUAUAGGUAAGCCUUACACAGCUGAACAGCUGGGGCGAGCCGUGCAUGAGGUCAUCAAAGUGAUUCUGGGCAUGUUGGAACAAUCAGAUGACCACAUUAACAACGAACGCAAGCACUGACCUAUAAGACAUUUUGUUUCUCUUCAUCAUUUCUCUUACUUCUCCUGCACUUGUCAACAAAUGCAUUGAGGAAGAACAGCCUGCAGACGACUCCAAGGAAGGGCAAUGGGCGUCCAUUCAAACUAGAGUGAACGCUUGUUUUCUUUGUAUACCAAGAUCUUGCAAUUUUUCACCUUUUUCUACCGUAAUUUCUUAUUAAAGAGAAUUAGAUCUUGUGCGGAUUUUAAGCAUUUUGUGGAUGUUGUGACACUUGCUGCAGUGAUGGAGUAAAAGAAGAAGCAGACCUAAAUUACACUGACCAUUAAACUACAUUUUGGGAAAUGUUA